CCUCAUGUACGGUGCUGAGGAUCCAUCCAUUGCUGGAAUGGUUUUAGACAGCCCCUUCUCUGAUUUGGUUGAUUUGAUGAUGGAACUUGUAGACACUUACAAAAUCCGGCUGCCCAAGUUCACUGUAAAGUUUGCAAUCCAAUAUAUGCGCAGAGCGGUUUUAAAAAAGGCGAAGUUUGACAUAACCGAGUUGAACACAAUUAAGGUGGCAAAGUCAUGCUUUGUCCCUGUUUUACUGGGUCAUGCUGUUGAUGAUGAUUUUAUACAGCCCCAUCACUCUGAUCGUGUAUUUGAGGCGUACAUGGGGGACAAGAAUAUUAUAAAAUUUGAGGGUGAUCACAACUCUCCACGUCCACAGUUUUAUUUUGAUUCUAUAAGUAUCUUCUUCAACAAUGUUUUGCAACCACCAGAGGAUGAAGCAGUGGGUGCAUUCUUUGACAUGCCACAAGAUUAUUUUGGCAAGGGCAGUUGGAGUACAGUCCAUGAAGUUGACUUUAUGGAUGAUGUCCAUGAUGUUGCAGCUGCACCAACUAGUAGCACUGAAGAUGUAAUAAAGCAGGUUCGCUCCAAAAGACCCAUGAGUCGGACAGAGGUCCCGUCUGACAUAUCUGCGCAGGAUAACCAGACUGAAGACCAGGAAGAAGGUACUGGAACCGACUCUGUCCCAUCAUCUUCAAAAAUGAUCAGCUUUGAACUUUCCAAUGGUGACCCGUUUGGUCCCAAUGUUCCUGCAUCAAUAGAUGAUGAUGACUAUGUGGAAUACUCACUUGAUAGUUUGGCAGAUUUUCCUAGUAAUGUGGAGGAAGAAGAAAGGAUGUUAAUGAAAGCAGUACUCGAGUCUUUAAAAGAUUUGGAGGUAAAACCUCCCCCUGCCGAGCAAGUGUCCUCAAAAGUUGUCGAAGUACUUCCUCAACCUUUGCAGGACAGUAAAGAUGAGUCAGCUUCUUCAAAGCAAUGUACUCCAUCGAAAGAAAUUAGUGCUAGUGCCAUAGUUUCUAAUGGACAUGAUUCAGACACCAAAGUCCAAGNCUGUCAGGGGUGGUAA